AUGAAUAUUUAUGAUCAGAGCACAUAAUGUUCAUCUAGCAACUUUAAUAAAUAUGAAUUAAAAUAAACUAUUCAAUAAAAAGAAAUUUGUUUCUCUCUUAUAUUUAACAGUUAAAAUUCUAUGAUGAUUUCAGGAUGUGGAGAAAACAUUAAAUUAUGGAAAAUAAUUAAUGGAUUAAUUCAAAAUGAUCCUCAUAUUUUAUACGGACAUACAAAAUUAGUAACUUGUUUAAUUUAUACUAAUGAUGAUAGAUGUUUUAUAUCUGGAAGUGAUGAUGGAGAUAUUAGAUUAUGGAAAAAAGUAUAGCCUAAUUAAUGGUAAUCAACAACCUUAACUGUUCAUCAUUAAGGAGUCAUAGGAGUAUUGUUUAAUAAAUCAGAUUAAUAAAUUAUUAGUUUUGGUAAGGAUCCUUCAAUCCAUAUUAUCAAAUUUGGUUAAUAGAAUAUUUUUUAGAUUAAAUAGACAUUGAAUAAGCAUCAAUCUAUUCUUAAUUGUCUUUGUAUGAAUGAAUCAGAAUCUAUUCUGGCUUCAUCAGACUAUCAAAAAAUAAUAAUGAUCUGGGUUAAAGAUAAUAAUGCAUAAUGGCAAUUCAAAUAAAUAGUAAAUUAAUCUACUAAUGAUUAUUUUUGUAGAAUGGUAUUUAUAAAUAAUUAUCUUAUUUGUUAAUAAUGGAGUAAACCUAUUUCAUAAGUGUUUAUUGAAGUUAAUGGAUAAUUCAUUUAAAGACCUGAUCUUUAAAUUCAAUUAAGUGAAUAAAAUUAGGACGACGAAGACUUAUUUCCAACAAUUUAUAAUAAAAAGAAAGGCAUUUUAAUUUAAAAACAUGGACAAUUUGUUUAUAUUUUGAAAUAAUUGAAUAAUUGUUAAUUCAGGUAAGUAUGCCCACCUAUAAAUUGUAUUGAUUAAUAUAAUUAUGGAAAUCUUAAUAAAGAUGGAAAUAAUUUGAUUAUUUGGAAUUAUAAGACCAUGGAGUUCCGCAAUUACGAUUUGAGUUUAUUUUGA